GUUUGCCGGCCGCGCGGCGAAAUAAUUAUUCAGCGGGACCCCCGCGGAGGAAAAAACAUCUCGGGGCUGCUGUGUGUAUGUGUGUGUGCGCCUGGCAGGAAAAAGCCACAAGGAUAUCGCGUGUUAGUCACUCGGGUCGCUGGCAAGCCGCAACACUGCUCACAGGCAGUCAGUCAGUCAGUCGUGGCGGCGGUGCUCGCGCCAGUCGACGCCGGCAUGGCACAUGAGGCAGAUGUGUGCGAAAAACUGUUCGCAGCAAUCCGAAAUGCAGAUUCGCCGACAGCCAAGCAGCUCCUUGAGCAAGUUCGCGGAGUUGACCUAGAAACACAUUGGCCAGCUGGUGACCCACCGCUCGUCCUCGCAGCCAAACACAGCCGUGACCCCUGCCUGUUGACUUGGUUGUUGGCGGCCAAGUGCGACAAAGACGCUCGCUCAGCCACCGGCGAAACCGCGCUGCACUGCGUCGUCGGACACUGGGACGAUCCUGCAGAGGCGGUCAGGGUGCUCAUCUCGGCAGGGUGCUCCGCAAACCUGGCCGACCAGCUGCGACGGCAGAUGCCCCUCCAUGUUCUGGCCAGACGUUGCUCACAAUCAAAGAAAACAUCGUUUGGCGGAGCAAGUCCAUCAAAAUUAAUGCCAUCUCUGAUCACUUCGCUGGAAAUUUUGGCCAAAGUGAGCGACACCAAUUGCGAAGACCACAGACGAAGGACGCCCUUGCACAUUCUCGUGAAAACCAACUGCAGCACAAGUGAACCGUAUUUGUCUCUUUUAACCCAUGGAUCUCAACUAGACAAGCAGAACGAGCGUGGCGAGACUCCUCUGAUAGAGGCGUUGGAGAACAGCUCUUUGUUUGCAGCCGAACUGCUCCUGGAGGAGGCUGCCAAGACGCAGAGCGACCACCAGUGGCUUUGUCGCUCCACUCAGUACGGGGAAACGGCCCUCCACGUGGCCGCGCGGAAAGGGCUGACCAACAUAGUCUCGUCAAUCCUUUCCCUCAACAGUUCGGCAAGCGCAACCAUGCUGCAGGACUUGAAUGGAGACUCGGCCUUGCACUUGGCCGCCGGAAGAGGUCACCUGGAGGUAGUGGAGAAACUGCUAAGCUCCAAGUCUGUGGAGGUGAACUGCAGGAACAAAAAGGGCCUGGCGCCCCUUCACGUGGCCGUCGAGAGCGGUUUCAUCCACGUGGUGAAGGCGCUUCUGACCAAGCCCGACUGCGACAUCCUUGCGCGCACCACCGACGAGAGAAGGUCGUCGCCCGUGGACCUGGCGCAGCAGGAGUACCGCAGAAGGUCGCAACCGGAGAUGACGCUGAUUUUGGUGCAGGAGGCUGAGAGGAGAGGAACUCUGAUGCAUGCCAUUGGUUAACUCAAUGUGUAAAUAAUUCGCAAUACAUUCAUUUUAUGUGAUGAAAAUAUAUAGCAUGUUUGAUAUUAUUAGAAUUGAUUUAAAAACCUGUCUUGUUUGUAUUAUAAUGAAUUUUAUUGAAAAUUUCGUA